GAGCACCUGGGAUCAUGGCCUGGCAAGAGAGUGAAACCAACAACAGCUCCAUCAAUGACAAGCAAGAACAGCACUGCAGUCGUGUUAUUACAAUUGUCUUCCUGGCACUUUUCAUCGAUUUGCUGGGAUUUGCUCUCAUCUUGCCACUGUUCCCUUCCAUCCUUGAUUAUUACAGCCAGACUGAGGAUGGAUUCUAUUUGUCAUUACAACGUGGUGUGGACUGGUUUGCAGGGAUGGUUGGGAUGCCUCCAGAGCGGAAAUACAACAGCGUCUUGUUUGGAGGUCUGAUUGGCUCAGUCUUUUCCAUCCUACAGUUUUUCUCCUCUCCCCUCACUGGUGCAGUGUCAGACUGCUUGGGCAGAAGGCCUGUCAUCUUGAUGACAGUGAUAGGUUUGAUAACAUCAUACGCACUAUGGGCUGCCUCUAGGACUUUUGGCGUUUUUCUUCUCUCCAGGAUCAUAGGUGGAAUAAGCAAAGGGAAUGUCAGCCUCUCCACAGCUAUAAUUGCCGACUUGAACUCUGCAAAAGCACGGAGCAAGGGCAUGGCAAUGAUUGGUGUUGCUUUCUCCCUUGGUUUUACCCUGGGUCCCAUGAUCGGAGCUUACCUAGCCGUGCAGACAGAGAAAGGAGAAGUCUUCUAUCUUCGUUCAGCAUUGCUGGCGCUCAUGUUUGCUGUGGCUGAUUUAAUUUUCAUCUUCUUCCUGCUUCCGGAGACACUUCCCAAAGAAAAACGGGUCUCUUCUGUGACGUCUGGGUUUCAGGCAGCAGUUGACUUGCUCAGUCCUUUGGCUUUAUUUCAGUUCUCUGCAGUCACUCGAGGAAAGGAAUCCCCUUCAGAGAAGAAUCGUCAGAAUCUCAAAGUCUUGGGCCUGGCUUAUUUCCUGUACCUCUUCCUGUUUUCCGGCUUGGAGUAUACACUGAGUUUUCUCACUCACCAGAGAUUCCAGUUUAGCAGGGAUAGCACACUUAGAAGCAUGCAGCAGGGCAAGAUGUUUUUCUUUAUUGGAAUAACAAUGGCCGUGAUCCAGGGAGGCUAUGCUCGCCGAAUCAAGCCAGGAAAUGAAAUCAGAGCUGUAAAAAGGGCUAUUAUGUUGCUGAUUCCAGCUUUCUUCCUAAUUGGAUGGGCUGCAAAUGUGACCAUGCUGAGCGUUGGACUGUUGCUGUACUCUUUUGCUGCGGCCAUUGUUAUCCCAUGUUUGUCAGCAGUGGUGUCAGGCUAUGGCUCUGCCAGCCAGAAGGGCCGAGUCAUGGGGAUCCUGCGGAGCCUGGGUGCCCUCGCCAGAGCCCUGGGACCAAUCCUGUCAGCCACAGUUUACUGGCUGGCAGGGGCAGAGGUUUGCUUCACACUUUGUGGAGGUUUGUUCCUCAUCCCCUUUGUUUUACUUGGUUCUGUGAGACAGCAGAGAAAGGAGGAGUAG